ACUGAUGAUUUAACUGACACACACAGCACUUUCGUCUGUCUUAAGUUUUAACGACUUUUUUCCUCAUAUUUUCAUUUUUUCUUUAGAAUUAUGGAUUUUCAAAGUUUGGCCAUAAUUCUUCGCGGAGCACUUAGUCCCAACAGCGAUGAACGUAAAGCUGCUGAAGAGAGUCUUAAUCAGUUCCAAUACACUCCCCAACAUUUGGUGAGAUUACUGCAAAUCAUAGUAGAUGGGUCUACUGACAUGGCUGUCCAGGAGGUGGCUAGCAUUCUUUAUAAGAACUUCAUUGCAAAGAAUUGGUCGCCUCAUGAUCCUGGUGAGCAAUCAAAAAUUCUGCCAGGUGAUAAAGAAAUGGUGAGGCAAAAUGUUCUCAUUUCUGUUGCACAAGUUCCCUCAUUGCUGAGAGUACAGUUGGGAGAAUCCCUAAAGACAAUGAUAUAUGCAGACUAUCCAGAGAAGUGGCCUACGCUUUUGCGUUGGGUGAAGCAUAAUUUACUGGACCAGCAAGUUUCUGGCGUCUUGUUUGUCCUGAGAAUUCUUUCUAGGAAAUACGAAUGCAGAUUAGAUGAGGAGAGGACACCCGUUUAUCACAUUGUUGAGGAAACAUUUCCACAUCUUCAUAGUAUAUUUAACAGGCUUGUUCAGAUAGCGAAUCCGUCAAUUGAAGUAGCGGAGUUGAUCAAGCUCAUCUGCAAAAUAUUCUGGUCAUCUAUAUAUUUGGAGAUUCCAAAGAAGUUGUUUGAUCCAAAUGUAUUCAAUGCUUGGCUAGUUCUUUUUCUGAAUAUAUUGGAGAGGCCCGUUCCUUUGGUAGGCCAACCAACUGAUCCUGAGAUAAGGAAAUCAUGGGAAUGGUGGAAGGUGAAAAAGUGGAUUGUUCGCAUAUUAAAUCGACUUUCCUUGUGGUUUGGAGAUGUGAAACUUCAAACCCCAGACAAUGAAGCUCAAACGUUUCAGGAGAAUUAUGCUGGGAAUUUUUUUGAAUGUCACCUUAAUUUGUUGAAUGUUUUACGUGGCGGUUGUUAUUUGCCUGAUAGAGUGACCCACCUCGUUUUGCAAUAUCUAAGCAAUAGCAUCUCCAAGAGUAACAUGUACAUCUUGUUGCAACCACGACUUGAUAUUGUUCUUUUUGAGAUCAUAUUUCCACUUAUGUGCUUCAAUGAUAAUGAUCAAAAGCUUUGGGAGGAAGAUCCUCAUGAAUAUGUGAGGAAGAGUUAUGAUGUAAUUGAGGAUUCAUAUAGUCCUAGAGCUGCUGCGAGGGAUUUUGUAACCGAGUUAGUGAGAAAGCGUGGUAUAAAGAACCUUCAAAAAUUUAUGCUGUUCAUUGUGGAAAUUUUUAAGAGAUAUGAGGAGGCAGCUCCAGAAUACAAGCCCUAUAGGCAGAAAGAUGGAGCCCUUUUUGCAAUUGGAACUCUAUGUUACAAACUAAAACAUACUGAACCAUACAAGUCUGAUCUUGAGCUUAUGCUUGUACAGCAUGUUUUCCCGGAGUUCAGCUGUCCCGUGGGCCAUCUUCGAGCCAAGGCAGCUUGGAUUGCUGGAGAAUAUGCCCAUUUAAACUUCUCAGAUCCAAAUAACUUCCGGAAAGCGUUACACUUUGUGGUGGCUGGAGUGCAUGACCCUGACCUCCCAGUUCGUGUUGAUUCUGUUUGUGCUUUACGUACCUUUGUUGAUGCGUGCAGAGAUUUGAAUGAAAUCCGGCACAUUCUUCCUCAACUACUAGAUGCGCAUUCAGAAAUUUACAAACUAAUGAAUGAAGUUGAGAAUGGCGAUGUUGUAUUUACCCUUGAGACUAUUGUGUACAAGUUUGGUGUGGAGAUGGCUCCUUAUGCUCAUCGGUUAUGCCAUAAUCUGGCUGCUGCAUUUUGGAAAUAUAUUAACACGGCUGAAGAUGAUGACGAUGGUGAUGAUCCUGGUUCUCCGGUUGCAUUUGGAUGUUUGCGAGCCAUAGGCACAAUCAUUGAGUCAAUUAGCCAUCUGCCACACCUCUUUGUUCACAUUGAGCCGACACUUGUCCCAAUAAUGCGUAGGAUGCUGACUACUGAUGGACAAGAGAUCUUCAAAGAAGUUACGGAAAUUGUCUCAUUUAUGACAUUUUUCCCGCCAACAAUAUCCAUGGAAAUGUGGAGUCUUUGGCCAUUAAUGAUGGAAGCACUUCUAGACUGGGCUAUUGACUUCUUUCCAAAUAUUCUGGUUUCUUUAGACAACUAUAUAUCCAGGAGCACUGCCCACUUCCUAACAUGCAAAGAUCCAGACUACCAACAAAGUCUUUGGAAUAUGAUUUCAUCUGUCAUGGGAGAUGAGAGUUUGGAGGAUGGGAUCAUUGAGCCAGCACCAAAGCUUAUCCAAGUUCUAUUCCAGAACAGCAAGGGACAGGUAGAUCAUUGGGUUGAGCCAUAUAUCAGAAUAACAAUCAAGCGUCUUCGUCAAACUGAGAAACCAUAUCUGAAGUGCCUCUUGAUCCAAGUGAUUGCUGUUACUCUUUAUUACAAUGGGUCCAUGACACUCAACAUACUUCAAAAGCUUGGUGUUGCUACAGAGAUCUUUAAUCUUUGGUUUGAGAUGUUGGGACAAACUAAAAAAAGUGGAGCUCAGGUUAACUUUAAAAGGGAACAUGACAAGAAGGUUUGCUGCUUGGGCUUGCUAUCUUUACUCUCUCUUCCGGCAGAUCAACUGCCAGAGGAAACCUUAGGGCGUAUUUUCAAAGCGAUUCUUGAUCUGCUUGUUGUCUAUAAGGAUCAAGUAGCAGCUGCUAACGAAGAGGAAGCUGAAGAUGAUGAUAACAUGGAUGGAGGAUUGCAAACCGAGGAAGGAGAUGAAGCUGACAGCAAUAGGAUUAUAAAAUUGGCUGCGCAGGCAAAGGCUUUCCGUGCUAUUGACGAGGACCCAUUCAUUCUCUUUAUGGAAACUAUCAAAGCAAUGCAAGCAUCUGAUCAAUUGAGGUACCAGAGCCUCACCCAAAAUUUGGACUUCCAUUAUCAAGCGCUGGCAGAUAGCAUUGCUCAGCAUGCUGAGCAGAGAAGAGUAGAGAUUGAUAAGGAGAAAAUGGAGAAGGAAUCAACGACCGUUGCUUCAUGAAAAUUCAAUUUGCUUCAAGUUCUUUGGUUGUUCCAUUCAUUCAAGAACUAUUGGAGAGAGGCUUGAAUGAGUUGCCAACUCUGUAUGUUUCGAGUGGUUAGUCUGAUAUCAUAUCCAUUUGUACAUUGUGGUUCUUUGGGCUAUGAGGCAAAGUGUGGUGUCAGGGCCGUUUGCGUGCACCUUGGCUAUUCCAUCAGAUACUCGUUACAGCCUACCAAGAAAGAUAUGCCUCUUUGCAGCUAUCAUUCCUUUCUUCGUUUAUUGGUCAAUUUUUGGGUUAGUAGGUGUUUCUCAUGUCAGAGGUUUUGUGCAAUUAGCACUGCUGCUUAUUGUAAAAAACAUUUCAUAUUCUUUGAUGUGUAACUCAUGAGGAAAAUCAUAGCUUUAUUUGUUCAUCAUUUUGAAUAGUUCUUUGAUUUUGCCCUUUCAAAGGCACUCUUUCUUUC